UCAAUUCAAAUGCCCCCUAUAAAUUGCCUCUUCCAUCAAGCCAAAGCCAAAGCAAAACCCCACACCUCUCUCACUUCAUUCCAAACCACCACCUUUUCUGCUUCAACACGUACAGCUUCUAUAUUUUUCAGGGUUGAAAGGAGUACUGUGAUUGAUCAAAACCCGGCAGGCACCGCAACAUAUAUGGCUUCUCACAGGAGAACAUGUGUCGGUCCCAUGUUGCUGCUGCUCUUCGCUAUUGUCUUUGUCGAUGUCCCAUGCAGUGGAGUAGCUGCUGCUGCUGCGUCUCGCCGCAUGCUGGAGAUGCCGGAGCUUCCCAAGCCUGAACUACUGCCUCCUGUACCUAAACUCGAGCUUCCACCUCUCCCCAAGCCAGAGCUUCCCCAUUUCCCUGAUCUCCCCAAACCGGAACUGCCUCCUCUCCCCAAACCUGAGGUUCCAGAAUUGCCCAAACCCGAAAUCCCCAAGCCUGUAGUUCCAGAAUUGCCAAAACCUGACCUCCCAAAACCUAUAGUUCCUCAAAUGCCGAAACCUGAACUUCCUAAGCCUCAAAUUCCAGAAUUGCCAAAACCUGACCUCCCUAAGCCAGUUGUUCCAGAAUUUCCCAAGCUUGAAACUCCAGAGCUGCCAAAGCCCCAAGUUCCUGCACUGCCAAAACCUGAAAUUCCUAAGCCCCAAGUUCCAGAGCUUCCAAAACCUGAAAUCCCUAAGCCUCAAGUUCCAAAACCCCAAGUUCCAGAAUUUCCGAAACCCGAGGUCCCAGCUUUCCCAAAACCUCAAGUGCCACAGCUGCCUAAAGUGCCAGAGAUUCCAAAACCUGAAUUCCCAAAAGUACCAGAAUUGCCCCAUCUCCCUGACCUCCCCAAACCCAUUGCUCCUUGAAUCUUUCCCGACUUGGUCAUAUACUAGCUACUUCUUCUCUGCCUCCUCAAGGUGGUGGCCAUGGCUGCUGCAUCUACUAGCGGUUUAUCAUACCAUCAUUAUUCGCAUGGGUUUCAUUAUUAGCAUAUUAAUACAUGUAACACCAUAUGUUUGUUUGUUUGGUUUCUUUUCUAUUUCUGUUUUGUUAAAUGAUUUAGUACUCAUUUAUACUUGUGUGACUAUCGUACUUCAUCAUGUCUCUCAUAUGAUUUAUAUAUAUAUAUAUAUAUUGAGAUGAACAUUAUUCUAUUUUUAUUUAUGAUUUUCUGGUCAAUUUAGUCAGUUAAUUAAGAUUCAUCGUCAGA